GUAAGGUGAAGAAAAGAGGGGUUAAGUGAGCCGUGCCGGGCCGUAGAAUCGAGCUAGCGGUGGCGCGGCCCGUGCUCGUGCUAUAGGGCCUCUGCCAGGCAAUAGUGCAAUCGUUUACAAGAUGGCAGACGGUCCGUCCGCGGAAGACGCGGCCACCGACCUAGGGGACAGUGAUUCUCGUUUAACGAGGGAGAGACACAAACGUCAGGACGCUUCGUCUUCGAUGACGUCCUUGAGCACGGGUCAGGAUAUCGCGAGACGCAUCCACGAAGACGCUUCGAUACUCGAGAAUCAUCCUCAUCAUUGGCAACAACAUCAAUAUCGUCCUCUCCGUCGUAAUUGUCAUACCAAUCUUCAUCUUUCUCGUCGGCAUUCUAGUAACGCUAAUAAUAGUAAUAACAACAACAACAACAACAACAACAAUAAUAAUAAUAACAACAACAACAACGACAACAAUAACAAUGGUAAUAUCAACCACAAUAAUCAUCAUCAUCACUAUCAUCGUCGUCACGAGCACGAGGAUGAAAACUUCGAUGGUAACGAGCGCGUUAGUAAAAAUGAAAAUGGUAGUAGUGCUUGUGUUAAUACAAUGUGCGUUAUUCCGUUUACGUCACCGACCAGUGAAGAUUACGAGGAAGAAGACGACGACGACGAUGACGAUGACGACGAGGAUGACGAUGAAGAGGAUGAGGAGGAAGAGGAGGUAGAAGAAGAAAAUGGAGUGAAGAAGGGUAUAUCGAAAAAGUGUCGCAGCGGUGCUCGAAUUGAUGUCAUAAAGACAGGGAAAAAUGAAGAGAGCGAUAGCGAUAAUAGUAAUAGUAACGGUAACGGUAGUAGUAAUAAUAAUAGUGGUAACAGUGGUGAUGAGGGUGGCGCGAUGACCGGUCACGCGACGCGCGGUGACAAUGCCGGGUGCUUGGUCGGCGACGGUCGACGGUCGAGAUGUGCGGUCGUCGGUGCUUUUCUCAAUUCGAAUGCUCCAAAGGAGAAUGCGAGCAAAAUGAACGAGUGCCGUGUAAAUCCCGACAACGAUGAGGACGAAGACGGGGACGAGGACGAGCACGCGUUAGAAAAAGUGAGCCGUCUCGGAUGCGAUAAGAGUAGCGAGCCCGAUAGAGAUGACGAGGACGCCGCACGAAAAACGACGGACGGCAUUGCUAGUGAUGGUAGUAGUGAUGGUGGUAGUAGUGGUAGUGGUGGUGGUGGUGCUGCUGCUGCCGCUGCUGCUGUUUCUGCUUCUGGCGGUGGUGCUGCUGGUGCCGCUGGUGUUACUGCAAAUGGCCUCGUUGCCGGCAGGCAUCAGGGUAGCCCUUUCAAGGGACAGGUUAGGACGGCCGAGGACACCCUCGUCGGCCCUUGUGGGAAGAAGCGGUGCGCCGAUCGAUACGAUAGCUCCGAGAGUUCUGACAGUGGCGUCGCCGUGUCCUGCGGGGAAUGCAGCAGCAGCGGUACCAGCGACAUCACGGAGCCCGGUUCCCCGUGCAGCACGAGCAGCGACGAGGGGGUAGCGGCUAUAAGGGGCGCGUCCGCUAGUCCACUGCCGUCCCUACCCAAGCUGGCGCCCUCCUCGCAGAUCAGCACCAGGCCCCAGUGGCCCUGGACCCCGCCCCUCGCUGCCACCGCGUGCUCCACCUACAAGAGGCUGAAGGGCGAGCCCGAGGCUGGCGCCCUGCCGAGGUCCGGGGCCGCGGAUCCCGGGUUCAGGGGAAGCGGCAAGUCGGCCGGCAAGCCGAACAACGCCGCCGGCCAUCAUCAUCAUCAUCAUCACGAGUCCCAGGGCAAGAUCACCGAGUACUUCAAAACGCAGAUCAAACCCCAGCAACCCAAGAUCAAGAAGAACAGCGAGGCGAUGUCGGUGCUGGUCGCCAAGAGUUCGUCGGAAUUUCGAAGGCCAGCUGCCACGGUGCAGAGGAACAAGGCCGGUUUGGCCAAGUACCUGGGCGCCGUGUCGCCGAACGGACGGACCGCGUCGGGCAACGAUUGGGAAGUGAGAAACCUGGCCAUGUCCCCGCCGCCCACCAAGAAGCCACCGUUGGUCGUUGUGCCCAGGGCCAACGGUAAGAUGGAGAAGAAGCUGCCCAAGCCGAUGCCCAGCCUGCCCAUCUCGAACGAAGUGCUGAAGAACAUCCCCGGCUGCAAGAUCUCGUCGCUCAGGUUGACCUCGGAGGCGAGCUCGAACGCGAAGAACGGCGUGUCGUCGCCACCCUCGACGCCCACCCCCGCCCUCGGCAACGUGGAGGCGGCCGGCCUCGACUUCAAGGGUUGCAUCCUCUCGAAGCCGCACGUGAACGAGAACAACAAUCUGACGAACAGCUGCGGGAACAUCUUGGGCUCGUUGAGGGCGCAGGGUGGGCAGGACCCGUUGAAGAGAUUGUCCGUGGCCGAGGACGGGAAGGAGGGUAAGGAGAGGCAGGUGAGGCCCGCCGACGAGGACGACGUCGAGGAGGAGGAGGAGGACUCGAGGAGCAGCGAAUCGAAACCACCCCUAUCGCCGAUACUCUCCGCCCCGACCACCAUACGAUUCCCUGCACGGGAACCGGAGAAGGACAGGCAACAGGCAACGGACAGCGGCGUGUGCCGAUGGGACAAGUGCGAGGAGAGCUUCGAGUCGAGCGGCGAACUUCUCGAACAUUUGCAGGUAGCUCACAUCAACACCCAGACAGGGAGCGACAAUUUCGUGUGCCAAUGGCAGGGUUGCAAGGUGCAAGGGAGGAGUUCCUGUUCGAGGAGAUGGUUGGAACGGCACGUGUUGUCUCACGGAGGAAACAAGCCCUUCCGGUGCAUAGUCGACGGCUGCGGCAGCAGAUUCAGCUCUCAGACGGCUCUCGAGAGGCACGUGAACGGACACUUUAAUCAACCGGAAACGAGCAACAAUAACGCUAGACGGAGCUGCGAGAGCGGAGGGAAAUUGGUGAGAAGGAACGGUAAACGGCUUCGAUACAGGCGGCAACCGUGGUCAGCGAGACUGUUCGAUUACUUCGAUUCAGGGGUGAUGGAGGGUCUUCAGCACAGGUUGCUUCAACUGGCAAAGUCGAGGACGCAAGGUCGUCUCGCUGAGACACCAGGAAAUUCGAUGGCCCUAACUAGUCAAGUAUUAGCCCGAAGAGUAGAAAUGGACGGGAAGACUAAAGUAUUGUUACGAUGGUACCCUCAAGAUAUCGAGCCGGACGAAUGGGUAUUAGAGUCGGAAGUACAAAGCACGAAAAACGUAGGGAUACGAAAAGUGGCGGCGUCUCACCCGGAAGAAGUGAGCUUGGCCCUGUUCUCGGCGGUGGGCAGCACGGAGCCGUCUAUGCGAGUGAAGCAGCGCCGGAAACCGGCCAAGAACUCGUGAUAAUGCCGAUCGAAUAUGAUCGAGGGAAAAGCGUGACCAAGUAGCGUGACGAUCGAAUAACCAGAGAACGAACAGAGAGACGAAAUCCUGUAUCAGGAUGAUUGCGCUUUCUGGUAACAGGGAAAAAGUAAAAAGAAGCCUAGCAAAAUUAACCGGAACCGGAACCGUAAUCGGGAAGGGUACACUGGGUAAGACGCCCUCUCCGUUUCGAGAGGUGGAAAUGCAUGGCCCGAAAUAGUACGGAUUUGGAUUGGAUUGGAUUGGUAAUGCACGAAUCGAGAGAAUCUAUGAGGAUCUACGAGAAUGGAUUCGAGAGAGAAAGAGAGAGAGAAGAGAAACGACGCUCGAGAAGAAGAAAGGAAGGAGGGAGGGAUGAUAUGAACGAUGACGAAGAUUAACGAACGUAGCUAAGAAUAUACCCAAAGGAGAAGAAAGAGUAAUUACUACAUUCUAAUUUAUUUAGCCUAAAUCGAACGAAAUCGUUAGGUGAUAUAUUUAGUAGUCGUGGAUAGCGAUGAAAUGAUAUUCUUGUUGCCUAUCGAUACCAAAUUUUGAAAACGUUGGGGUCGAUUCCUGCCACGAGUGCCUGUGAUACGAAGCUGCGACACUCGUCGGACUCGGAAGAGCUAGGCUUGGGCCUCAAAAGUGCCUCACCGUGGAUACCGUUUUAUAUACCGUUGACCGUCGUCAACCAAGACCAAUCGAGAGGCGGUCGGAGUUGAAUUAAAAUGAAAGAAAAGAAAAAAAAGAAAAAAAAAAAAGAAAAAUACAAAAAAAAAAUACAAAAAGAAAAAAUAAAAAAAAACAAGAAGAAGAAGAAGAAGAAGAAAAGAAAGGGGAAACAAUAAUGCAAGAAAUAGAGACGAGAAUUUUACUUCGAUACAACUCGAUACGAUAAUGUGUGAUUCGCGUUAAGCGAGCGAAGAAGAGAGUAAUAGUAAUAAUAAUAAUAAUAAUAAAAAAAAAAAACAAAAAAAAAA